AUCGUACUAAAUGAAAAAUACUGUGGGCCGGGUGUCAAUUACCUACUAGUAUUGGGCGAUCGGCAGAGUGUUAUAGGAAAGAAAAUAACGUUUUGUUUGCCAGCCAAGGACAUUGUCUCUGGCCUGGCUAUUCGGUGUCACCUUGCCAUACUGACUUGCAUAGACUGACGUUACACGAUGUGACUCGAUUCAUCUUGCAUUUGUGGUUGUAGUUUGAGAAGGAAAAGAAGAAAAAGAACGGAAAGUUUGUUAUUGUCAGUACUUCGCUUAGCUACCUUUGCCACGACUAUGUCUGAACUUCAUGCUGCGGCCUAUGAUGGGAACGCAGAGCUGAUUCAAGAUCACCUAAAGGGCUUGCCCGACCUUGAUGAGCGUGACCUGGACAGCGGUGGGCAUACGGCAUUGCACUGGACAGCAAUCAACAAACAUGGCGAGUGCACCAGCUUGCUACUGGACGCUGGUGCGGAUCCGAACGCCAAGCUGUUCGGUGGCUACACGCCAUUGCACUGCGCCGCAGAAUCAGGCGCCCUGUCCGUCAUCAGGAUGCUGUUGAACAAAGGUGCACUAGCGGAUACUGCCGAUAAAUAUGGAGACACACCGAAGCGUGUAGCGGAACGAUUUGGUCACAAGGAGUGUUAUGAAUGCAUUGCCAAGGCAAUUGCAAAGGCUAAACAGAAGCAAGCUGCAAGUGAGGCUAACAAACAGCAGCAGCAACAACAACAGGGCAUCAGUACUGAUGAAGCAUCAAGAUCAACUUCACCAGACAGCAGACCUGCAAGUGAUCAAGGCUCACGGUCCAACCUUAGCGCCAGCAAAUCUGGCAGAACAUCUCUCGGCACAGCCUCUAAAACGAAAGUAUCAGCGAAACCAGCGACAGGGCAAAAACAGCAGAAACCCAGUCAAACGUCAUCGAAAUCUAGCACAUCAUCCAAGGCAACACCCGACUCAAAGACACCUGUCAAAGCACCAGCAGCUCGCACCACUCCGUCUAAAAAGACCAAACCGAAGGCUGCCGCACAGACACCAGAAUCAGAAACUGUGAAAGCAAAGAAUUCUCCCAGCCAGCCUUCACCGAGUCUACCUGCUGACAACACCAGAUCACCACAGGCAAAUGAAACGGACAAGGGAUCACCGCCGGAAAACUUUCCAGACAGCUCAGCCACACCAGCUGAGAACACGCUCAUUGCGCCCAUGAAGCCCUCGCCACAAGCACAGGCUAGUCCCCAACCAAUGGCAUCAGGCUUGCCGGGGAAGACCAAGCGCCUGCUGCCAAGCCCGCUCGCAAAGACAACAAAGCCACCAUCGCCAGUUAAAACUGAUGGCAAACCUGUUGUGCUUUCAGCUGAAUCAUCGACAGACUCUUAUCAAGCAUCAGAAUUGCUGAUUUCUGACCGAGCACAGGCAGGACAAAAGGAAGCAAUCAGAACCGCAACGCAACCUAGCCGACUGACCACAGCUACCAAUACCCGUUCUCCGCAACAUGCCCAAGGUGGCCAGGUAUCCCCACGCAACGUACCACAUGGGAGUGCAUUGCCACCAGUAGCAUCCACAAAACCGCGGACAAAACGUGGAGCGCCAACUGCUAACGUGUUAACACAAUCCAGCUCAGUUGCCAAAUCAGCAAAUCAGCUGCCUGCAAACAAAGGCAAUACCGGGGGCAAUCCGUCUUCAAGCACUUCAUCGAAAAUGGCGGCCAAGUCCACAAGGCAGACACCACAAAAAAACAGUAACACCUCAGGAAAAAGCCUCCCAAAAGUACGAGUUACAGACAGUAAGCAAGUUGGCAAGUUGUCCAGUAGUCCAAACUCAAAAUCACCUGUCAGCCAUUCUGGCAUGCCCAGUGCAGGCGGUGGGCGGCAAGGCCUGGAAUCUGAAGAGAAUGAGUGGGCAGAGUACGAUAGUGACGAUGAUAUGAAGCCAUUUCCUAUUUUCAGCUGCCUGGCUGACAUGGUGGAGCUUGAGAAAACGAGACCGGUGUCAAGUGAUCUGGAUGCUGAUGAGAGCUACAUGUAA